AUGGAGAAAAACAGGUUGGCGUGGGAAUCCGGGCCUUGGGGAGCGGGCAACUCCAGACCUCAAGCUCGCAAGUCACUGCUUGGCCUGGUGGCUCUGGUAUUAUUUAUCGGACUCGUAUUUACCCCGUUCCCAUAUUCGCAUGCUCCGAACCGCAUUCUAGGCUCAUUCCGCGAGAACUCUUACAACGCUUAUGACAGCUGGUGCCCAUUGUCUGAUCCCGUCGUCUCUCACAACGACAGUCUCAAGGAGAGCGAGCAUCUGUUUAGUGAUGUACAGCGAUCUCUACAAGUCAAGCGUCUUUCGACUGCGGUCCGGGUCCCCACCGAGAGCUAUGACGAUAACGGAGAGGUUGAUGAGGAUCCUCGGUGGGAAACGUUUCUCAAAUUCCACUCUGUCUUGGAACAUCUCUUCCCACUCGUCCACUCUCAACUUGAGUUGCGCAAAGUGAACAGAUUUGGCCUUCACUACGAAUGGAAGGGUAGCGAUGAUCUGCUCAAGCCCAUCCUCUUCAUGGCCCACCAAGAUGUGGUUCCUGCCGAUGCCGGUUCAGCAUGGACAUACCCGCCCUACGACGGUUAUUAUGAUGGGACGUUUGUCUGGGGACGAGGCGCUGCCGACUGCAAGAAUGUAUUGAUUGGAAUCCUGUCGGUCAUCGAAGACUUGAUCUCUCAAUCCUUCCAGCCCCGUCGCACCAUCGUUCUUUCGUUUGGAUUCGAUGAGGAAACUGGCGGAGAGCGGGGAGCAACAAAGCUGAGCGAGGCUCUCGUCGAGAAAUGGGGGCCCGAUUCCUUUUUGUUUAUACUAGACGAAGGCGGUAUGGGUCUUCAGACUGUCGGGGACAUCUUAUAUGCCUACCCUGCUGUCGGGGAGAAGGGAUACUACGAUGUACAAGUCACACUCGGUGUCCAGGGUGGACACAGCUCUAAGCCCCCUCCCCACUCGGGCAUCGGCAUCAUGUCUGAUGCCGUCCUUGCUCUCGAGGGAAAGACGUACAGUCCUCGACUGCCGAAAUGGAGUCCGUUCCGAAGAGUGUUGGAGUGCAAGGCCAAGCACUCCCCCGAUAAGGUUCAACCGUGGCUUCGCGAGUCACUGCUCCAUGACAGAGAGGAGGAGAUUGCGCGCAAACUGUCGGAUGAGAUCGGUGAAGAGAAAUGGCUGAUGCAGACGAGCCAAGCGGUCGAUGUCAUCUCUGGCGGCAUCAAGGUCAAUGCACUGCCUGAGACCGUCAAAGUCAGCAUCAACCAUCGCAUUGCGAUACAUGAAUCGCAAGAUAAUGUCAACCAACACAUCCGCCAGGUUCUGGAGCCCAUUGCCGAGAAAUACGGCCUCGUUUUCAAGGGUAUUGAUCCUCCAGGCGAGGGACCAGAUGUCGACGACAUCGAUAUCACCGGCACUCUCGAGCUAAGCGUCCUGCAGACGCUGCCCAUCGCCCCUCUAUCCCCUACGGAUAACAAUGUAUGGGCGAUUUUCAGCGGAACCCUACGGUCUGUUUUCGAAAGUACGGAGUCUGGAAAGGGGAAGACAGUCGUUCCUGUAGGCAACGUCAUGACUGGCAAUACGGACACGACACACUAUUGGGACUUGACGCACAACAUCUACCGGUACAGCCCUGCGAGAGACGGUACACGAUUGAACGUCCAUGCAAUUGACGAGAGGAUGGAAAUCACUGCUCAUCUGGAGGGCAUGAGGCUCUACUACGAUCUCAUACGGAACUUUGAUAGCUGGGAUGAUGAUGAGUGA